AUGAGUCGCCAGGAUCGCCAGUUGGCGUCAGUGGAUCAUGGCUCGGGUUUGGCGUCAGAGGAAAAGGGCUUGAGCACUCAGUUGAUGGACAGCUUUGAUGAAGAAUGGCAGAUGGCAGAUGCAACCCGAAAAGGGCGUGAGAAGGACUUGGGCUUGGAGCCUGGGCAGGUGGCUCAGUUUGGAAAGAGUCCAGAGAUGGCUGGAGGCAUUUCAUGGCGUGCCAUUUGGAGCCAUACCGUCUUCCAAGAAGAAGUUCCACGAGCGAAGGCGCGUCAGCAGUUGCGAGAAGCCCAAAAUAACGAUGCCAGUCGGGGCCUUAGUGAGGAGAUGCAGCCCGACAGCGAUGCGGUGGUCAUUGUUGCCAGUGGUUUGAUCGCACUGGGUGCCUUCACUCCAGACUUCCGCGAGAGUGCUGUGAAGCCUGCCUCUCAGCCUCUCAGACCAUGA